CGGAAGAUAAUCCCAAUUCUACCUCUGACGCCACCUUUCGCGUCGUCGCCAUGUUUCCUGCGCCUUAUAUCUGAAAGCUGGAUCCAGCUUGCGCGGCUCGCGCCCACGGAUAUAUAUUUUUGCCCACGAUCUCCUCUCAAUCGCACUCACGGACCUCCGACAUGCGUCUCUUCCUACUCCCAAUCUCGACGCGGCGGUCGCUGCUGUACUGCGAGAAGCUGCAUGAAAAACCAGCCAGCGAAAGAAAUUUGCUCGACAAGCUCACCGUGAAAGCCAACGAGACCUGGGCUGCGUGGGAGAAGGAUGAAAAGGCGAUUGGAAGCUGGAAGAAGAAGGUCACAUAUUAUGGCAAUCAGGCUCUUAAGCGGAUACCGUAUGAAGAAUGGGGCCUGAAAACGAUACCUGCACUCACUGCUAGGCGUAAGAAGGCCAUUCUGGAGGGGCGGGAAAAAUACGAAGUCAUUUUCCCGGGACUGUACAUGCGGGAAGAGAAGGUCCCGGAAACGCUCAAGAAGUUGGCACUGGACCGGCAGGCCGUACAUAGACGUAGACUCAUCUGGAGCAUUGUCAUCAUGCCUUUUACCGCCCCCUUUAUGCUGGUACCUGUGAUACCCAAUCUUCCCUUUUUCUAUGUUCUCUAUCGGGCGUUUUCGCAUUGGAAAGCGCUGUCUGGUUCCAAGCACCUCGAAUUCCUGUUAAAAAACAACGGCCUUCCCACUCUCAAUCCUUCAUCUGUAUUGGACGAGGUAUACACCGCAGGCCUUAUGUACCCGACCCGCGAGAUCUCACGUGCUGCACCGAGACCCACAAGAGAAGAGGCAGAGAAAGUCGCAAAGGUGGUGGAGCAGCAGACGAACGGUGGAACAGAAGACGUUAUGGUCUUGCAGCGAUGGAACGGGAAACUCAUCGCCGAGCAAUUCAAGCUACCAGACAUGGAAGUCGAGAUCGAGCGAGCAGUCGAGCAAGUGGAGAAGUCGAUAAAAGCCAAGGAAGAGUUGAUCGAGGAGAAGCUUGAACUGGAAAAAGCUACCCAAACGGAGCAGACAGCGAAGGACGUUCUACCCCAGGAUGUGGUCAAAGCGGCACACCGUGCUGACCUGGUGGAAAAUGAGAUACAUGAGAAGGCUGAGGAAGUGGGCAAGGAGAAAAAAGAGACCAGCCGAAGCGCGGAAGACAAGGUGAUGUAGGAGGGAUGAUCGGGAUUCUCUGCCCGAUUCGGGUUGGACGGCUGUAUGGUAUGAGAGCAUUUGUGCUCCGUUGAUUGCGGUUUGCCUCUGUUGAUUAUGCCCGUGAUAGACCAUGGAUCAUGUAUACGGGUAGAUAUGGCGGUUUUGUCUUGGUAUAUGUUAUUAGAUAUCCCCUUCAAAUUAAAUAUGGCAAUACACAUGCUGUGACCU